AUGGCGAGAGCACCACCUGGCUUAUGCCUUAUGCUAUGUCUUCUACUUUCCUUGUCCCUCUUUUUUCAGGUUUCAGCUCAGUCUACAAACCAGACCACAGCCAGCAGCAGUCCUUCUCCUACUGUCUCUGCGAAUGUUACAACGUUCUUGACGACUAGCUCUUACACGUUGACAUCCGUCAGCCAUUCAGGGAACAUUGCGACCACUAUCACCACCGUAUUACCCACAGUGUACAAUGCAACAAGCACUAUUCAUGCAAAUUCAUCCACACCAACAUCAGCAUCCUCGUCCUCACCCACCCCAACUCCCAUCGUCCUAGCUACUAGAAUUACUCCAGCUUUUGGUGUAUUGGGAGCGAUCCUCAUCAUAACUGGACUACCAAGUGCGUUUUGGGGCCACAAGAAUAGAUGGACAUCCUUCUUCCUCAUUGGUUUCUAUACCCUUUCAUUGGUCUGUUUCGUUCUUAUCGUCAAGUUCGGCAUUCUUCCCGCGAUCAACCCACCGAACAACACACUUCAGGGCAUGUUCGUAUUAGCCUCCGCCGUUGCUGGUAUCAUGGGCGGCGCGUUCACAAUCUUCUUUUGGAAGGCCACUAAAUACUUCAUUGGCGCAUGGGGUGGUUUCGCUUUCGGAUUAUGGAUACAAUGCUUUAAAAAUGGCGGUCUUAUUACCCCUGUUGGCAUGAGAUGGAUUCUGUAUAUAGCAUGCAGCGUGGUUGCAUUUGUCCUCUGCACAAUACCCAAGAUACAUUGGCAUAUGCUUCUGGUUGCGACUGCAUUUGUUGGCUCGUCUGCCUUUAUUCUCGGUGUGGAUUGCUACACAACAGCUGGCUUAAAAGAGUUCUACGUCUGGAAUCUAGGUUUCACCUCCCUAUUCCCGAAGUAUGUCGAUAACCGCAUUGCAUUCCCGGUAACACAAACGAUGGAAAUCGAACUUGGACUCAUUGGAGCGAUCACUCUUAUGGGUGGAGCCGUUCAGCUCCGCAUCCUCCGCGUCUUGCAGCGCAAACUUAAGGAAAUUGCUCAGGAAGAAAAGAAGCGGGAUGAAGAGGCCGAACUCAACGCUGCCGGUAAAUUCCAAGAGCUCUCAAAGGAGCAGGAGGAAUGGGAGCGCGAUCACCCACCACUUGGAAUGCAUGCCCGGACAGCCAGUGGCUACUCCGGGACUCCUUUAAUGAAGGAUUUCCCCACCAGGGGUUCUCAAGAUGGGCGGGCUUCCAUGUUCACGUUGGUUGGCGGGCGUGGUCGCUAUACAUCGGGGGUGUCUGACUUCAUGGCUGCUCCCGCCCCUGACGAAGAUAUCAAGCGGACCGCACGUGAUUCUCAAGCGCCCGGUGUCUUGCCUGCUCUUGAUCUUGGCCUUGGAAUUCAACAGGAUGUUCCUUCUGGGUUCAUCACUGAUAACGAUCCUGAUAGCAGCGACACCAAACACAGCGAUGUGAGAAAAGCUGUCUCAUUGGAGUUGGAAGAUCUCGCACGCAAGGAAGAGCUUCUUGCCGAAAUUCAAACCAUCAGACGCUCAAUCGAUGCACUCAGAUCGGAGACACCUGGCCUUGACUCGGACGACUCCCGCUCUCGUCGUAUCUCUUUGACCUCUCGCCGCACCCUUAGCUAUGAUCUUGAUAAUGCUAUUGCUCCACGUCCACACACUCGCCCACCCAGACAGCCAGAUCCACGCGGCCGUGCACAGUCCAUGGAACUUUCCAAGUUAAUAGAUGCGCCUCCGCUUGGUGCAUCAAUUGGCCGUCCUACAAGUGUUCCUCUGCGCGACGAUGACUGGGACUCGUACGUUCGUGACCGUAAGCUCCUACAACCACCGGCUGGGGUGACUGCACCCAUCCCAACGAGCCGUUUGUCCAGGACGGGAUCACUGUCUGCACAACAACGCCUACCUGUCCCGCCAGCUGUCACGGAAGCCCUCUCCCAAAGGAAACGCCGGGAGAGUUUGUUGGACCCUAGUGUUGGUCCAGACACAAGCGCAAAAGAUACGUCAGACGAGGAUAUGCCCAUUGCCACGCUUGCAACAGCCCGCGCUCACACGAAGAAGCCCAAACCAUAUACCAGCAACAUGAUCCCGGCUGUGUUAGCACCCUCGCAACCUCCUGCAGCUGCUACACGCUAUCCUCCUGCCAUCCUCUCCAGGAGUGCGCCAUUGUUACCCGAGCCCGAGCGAAGCAACAUACCGAUCGUCCUCCCUCCCACUCGACCAUUGAAGGCUGCGGUUGCUGAGCCCCCCAGCAAUAUCCCCGUGAUCAUUCCUCGCGGACAAAGCGCAAACAUCGCAGCGCCGGUUGCCAAGAGGCCAGAACCUCAACGUGUUGCAACGUUUGAGGAAAUGGAGGAACGGCAUCGGGAGAAGAUGCGGGGUCUCCAAGCUCCCAUCACGGAGGCUGAGAAACAAAAUGCGGAGGUCCAGGCUGCUAAGCAUCGCUGGGAGCGCUCGAAGGCAGUGGAGCGGGAAGCAGUAAACAGGCGGUAUGCUGAGAAGGCCGCAGAACUUGCACGAGAAGAGAAGGAGAAGUUGCGGCGCAGGUCAGAAGAUGGUCUUGGCAAGACAGGAUCCGAGGACGAUAAGAACCCAGAACGCCGGUCCAAGGGAAUAAACGCUGACAAGCUUGCUGCCAUUGGCGGUGUCAACAACCCAUCGUCGUCAAAACGCCAAUCGGUAUUGAGGGUGGAGGAUUGGCAGCGGCAUCAGCAUGAUGUAGAACUUGGAGUUCGUCCCGAGCGCGCUGCUGGUGCAAAGCGAGAGUCUCGCGGGAUGAAGAAUGAGGCCAACGCGACUGUUCCGUUCCCAGGACAAAGUCGCCCGAUGGACAGACGUCGUUCUGCUGGAGUCCCUCGCGACCCUCCAAGUUGA